ACUAUUGCUAGUUCUUUUGGCCAAAAUUGUUGUACUAUUGAUUAAUAAUAUCCUAUGUAUUUUAAGCUUUAUCAUUUUUAUUUUUUACUUUUGCAGUAUAACAGCCACCUAGAAGCUGUUUAUGUUAAAAAUGUCAGCAAAGUCAUAAAUAAAGAUGGUCAAUGAUCAUUAAAUCUGCAAAUGCCGAUAUUCACACAGAUGCAAACACGGCGCAUGCUGUGACCAGCUCGAACCCAAUGCAAAAUCUGCAUGUAGAAAUCUUUCCCCUCAAGAAAUUCACAUUUGCAUUGAUUCCUAUUGAAAUCACUUGGAUUUCGCCAAUUGAUAGUAAAUGUGACCGCACCUUAACCAUAGGCUUCAUUUGAGAUCUAAAUAUGAUCAAAAACAAUACCUAAUAUUUCUAAGUUUUUUUUAUGUUGACCCAUGUUUGCAAACUGGCUGUAUUUUUAUACUGUUUCAAUAAUCAUAACAUUUACAGUGAGUUGAGAUGCGUUCACAUUUGCAGCUUUUCAGCAAAUUUUCACAGGCGAAAUCCAGUCAUUUCAAUAGGAAUCCAUUUCGUACGCAUAUUUCGCAGUAAGUUGCAGAGACACUUUCGUCACUUAACACAAAUUUGCUUGGAUUAAAGUGAUUUUUCUGUGAGUUGUGCUUCAUACAUGGUUCCUGUAUUGUGGACCCUUUUGCCUUCCGUAUGCAACCCUGGACCACAAAACCAGUCUUAAUAAGUAGCACAGAUAGGGCCUAUAUUUGUUGCAAUAGCCAACAAUACUUUGUAUGGGUCAAAAUAAUAGAUUUUUCUUUUAUGCCAAAAAUCAUUAGGUGUUAUUUACAUAAUUAUUAAUCUAUUGCUAUGGAUGUUUAAAAACAAUAGCAGGUUGUGUUGAUUUUCACACAUGCCAUGCAUGGUGUUAUUUAAGAAUCUGCAUAAUAAUAAUAAAAAAAUCAUUAGGGUAUUAAGUAAAGAUAUAAAUUUCCUACCAUAAAUAUAUAAAAACUUAAUUUUUGAUUAAUAUGCAUUGCUAAGGACUUAAUUUGGACAACUUUAAAGGCGAUUUUCUCAAUUUUUUUUUUUUUUUGCACCCUCAGAUUCCAGAUAUUCAAAUCGUUGUAUCUCAGCCAAAUAUUGUCCUAUCCUAACAAACCAUACAUCAACGGAAAGCAUAUUUAUUCAGCUUUCAGAUGCCAUAUAAAUAUCUUGCCAUAUCUCGACCCUUAUGAUUGGUUUGUGGUCCACGGUCACAUAUUUCUCUAAUGUGACCACCAAGCUGGGGUUGAUUAAAAACUUGUUUAUCUAUAAUAAUGAGAGCAUGUAUACCCAAGUAAUAGAAAUACCAAGACAAAGAUUGGUUGUAUUAAUAAUAUGAAUUAAAGAGGAGACCUCACAGCGCUGAUAAAAACUCCUCGUAACAUUGUGUCCCUCUGAGUUCUCAAGUGAUUGCGACGCCCCUGUGAACGCGCGUUGAUCUCGCGCCGCUGUGCAGCCUCGCGCAGACCUCUGAUGACGAGCACACACAGAGGUGGCGAUGGGAUACAGAGAUCCUGGACAUUGUGCGGGCCAUGUCGUGAUGGUUUGAGGGUAAAACAAAGCUCAGGGUGGGCUAAAGUAUGAUCAGUAACCCUCUCACUUUGAGCUCCCUCCACUGAGACUAUGAGGCAAGCAGUAACCGCCACUCUGUCUGUGUGGGGUGAGAGGCGUUUCGGAUACUCCACCCUCAAGGACUCCAGUGAGUCGCUGCUGGACGAGCGCAAGCUGAGACCUGGUCUGAAAGAGGACUCUGUCAUUGAAGAGAAAGAGCGGGCCGAGAAUGAGCAGGAGCAGCUGGAGGCUGUGCUGGGACUUCCAUCCUCUCCUGUGGAGGACACCCACCAAACGGGCAGCACGGAGCUCUCAGACCCCACGCUAGACUGCAAGAAGGGUGGUGGGAUGGAAGCGUCACUAGUGUGUGGUGGGAGGAAGGGUUCACUUGGUGCUUUGCCCAUGCAGCGCUGCAGUUCUCUGGGCACCACGGCUCCACAGUGGGUCCCUGAUUCUCAGGCACCAGCAUGCAUGAAAUGUGGAUCCAAAUUCUCCUUCACCAAAAGACGUCAUCACUGCAGAGCGUGUGGGAAGGUGUUUUGUGUGGUGUGCUGUGACCUCAGAUUCAAGCUGACUCAUCUCGGUGGGAAAGAGGGACGUGUCUGUGUCACCUGUCAUUCAACUUUGAUGAACCGGACGCUUCGCAAGGACCAGAAGAAGGUCUGGUUUGCAGAUAAUCUCCUUCCACGGUCUGAGAGUAGAAGUGCCAACAGCUCUCCCAUUCACAGGAGUGUGUCCCACACAGAGAGGGCUGAGCUCGCUCAGGCGGAAGUAUCUGACCUUAGAGCUGGAGAUGAAGUCAGUGGCAACUCUACAAAACCCACUCCACCCAAGGACCUUCCCCCUAUUCUGACAUCAACAGGGGUCAAAGGAGACUACACUCUGGAGGAGAAGAGAACAGAGUCGUCUCUCUUAGAGGAGCUGGAGAGAGGUCUUGCGGAGCCUCUGGUGUUUGUGCUCAACGCAAACCUGCUGGCCGUUGUCAAGAUUGUCAGCUAUGUGAACCGUCGGUGUUGGUGUGUUAUGUCGAAGGGCAUGCAUGCUGUGGGACAGCCAGAGGUGGUCAUUUUACUGCAGUGUUUGCCUGAAGAGAAGAGAUUCCCGACGGAUAUUUUCAAUCAUUUCAUUCAGAUUUACUGGGAUGCCCAGACAGCAGCAGGAAAGCUUCUAAAUCACCUAAGUCACUCUUUGGUAUCCCGAGGGUUUCUGGGUAAUAACGAGCACGCUGGCUUUCUUUACGUACGUCCAACGUUCCAGUCCCUGGAGGGCCUGCCGUUACCUGCGCCUCCCUUCCUGUUUGGGCUCCUCAUGCUCCGUGCAGAGGCUCCAUGGGCCAAAGCCUUUCCCCUGAGACUCAUGCUGCGUUUAGGAGCGGAGUACAGAUUCUAUCCCUGUCCCUUGUUCAGUGUGCGCUUCAGAGAGCCUCUCUUCGGACCUGUCAACAACAGUAUAAUGAGACUCUUAGUGGAUUUCCGUUUUUACCGUUACACACUGCCAACAGUGCCAGGGCUCGUGGUUGAUCUAGAGGCAAGAAGCACCUGUAUAAGAAUCCCUAAAACACGUCAUCCAGAGCUGCUGAAAGCUCUGAAUAAGUCUAAUGAGAGAGUGCUGGCCCUGGGCGCCUGCUUUAACGAGCAGGCUGACUCUCAUCUCAUUUGCGUGCAGACGACAGAUGGACAGUACCAGACGCAGGCCAUCAGCAUUCACAGCCAGCCACGCAGAGUCACUGGCUCGUGUUUUUUUGUGUUCAGUGGAGCGCUCAAACCUUCAUCAGGGUUCUUGGCCAAGUCCAGCAUUGUGGAAGAUGGUUUGAUGGUGCAGGUAACCAUGGAGGCCAUGGCUGACUUGCGUCGAUCUCUACGGGACAUGAAGGACUUCACAGUCACCUGUGGAAAACUCCCCCCAGCAGAGAGGCAGGAAUAUGUGCACAUUCAGUGGCAGGAUGAAGAGCCGCGCUUCAAUAAAGGCAUCAUCAGCCCCAUCGAUGGCAAGUCUAUGGAGUCUCUCACAAACAUCAAGACCCAUCAGCGCUUGGAAUACAGAGCCAAUGGGAAGCUCAUACGCUGGACAGAGGUGUUUUACUUGCUGAAAGAUCAACAUCCAAAUGGUCUUAAUAACCACACCAGCCAUAACCGUCUGACAGAGCGUCUUGCGCGGGCGUUCUGCCUGGCACUGUGUCAGUCUCUUUGUUUGCUGAAGGAGGAUGGCAUGACCAAACUGGCGCUGAGAGUCAUCCUGGACGGCCAGAAGAUGGAGUUCUUGGCAGGCAGUAACGGGCAGCGCCUUCCAGCUCCGUACCAGGAAUGUCUUAACCAAUCAUUAACGUCCGUGGUGCAGAGUAACUCUCAGUACCAGGGUCUCGCCGCCUGCCAGCUGGAGCUCAUCUUCUAUAUUCUGGAGGACACAUCAUAGAGACGGACCACCCACUGUCACAUGUGCCAACACGCCCAGAAACCUCACGAGCAAAACCUUUGAGUUCAGUAUCAUUUGAGAGUGGAAUGUAGUAGACGUCCUCAUGGGGCAGCUUAUUUUAGUAGUUUAGUCAAUACCCUACUGCUCACUGUGAAAGGGUCUGGGGCUACAACAUCAAAUGGCUUUAAAAACUACUAAUAUCUCUGUCAUCACUAGAGGCCGACCGGAGUAUCAUUUUAGCUGAUCAAUCAACACCAGUAACAGCUCUUGGAAAUAUUGAGUAACGGCAAAAAUGCACUUGCAGAAGCCCGUUUCUGCCUCAGAGUUGUAAAAAUACAAUUCAUGGUAUUACUCAUAACUGCAACCUCGCUAUUGCAAUGAUUUCUAGUUAUUGAUUUCUCGUAAAACUUUAUAUCUCACAGUUUGGAAACAAAAUGCAACCAUUUCUCUCAGUUAUCUCAUGUGUGCAACUUUAUUUCAGCAUCAUAUUUCAAUAUUGUGACUGUUUCUCAUAAUUGUGACUUCUUAUAAUUCGUCAAUUUUUCAUUACUUGUUAUUGCAACUUUAACCUCAUAUCUUGCUAUUGGAACUAUUUAUCUUAAUUGUGAGUUUAUAUCUUGCAGUUGCAGCUUUCUUGUAAUUGCGACUAUUUCUCAUAAUUGUAACUUUAUAUCUCACAAUUGACCCUUCGCAAAGACCCACCCUCCCUUAGUUACUGUUGCUAUGCCCUACAAGCCAUGGCAAUCUCAUCACAGAGCAAAGACAGUGACAAUGUGCUGACCGGUAAGACAGAGCAGGUUACUUUUGGUUUGAAAAAGUCUCAGCUUUCAAAAAAUUGUCAUUUUGUAAGAAAUUCUAACAAUAAAUGCCGUUUUGUGGCUCUUUAACGUGUCGUGACAGAUUGCUGUAUUGCCUCAUUUCAAGCAGCAUGUGAAACAAUCAUCUCUUCCUCUUUACUAGAUAUAGCGCAAAAUAAACAUGAAUGAACAUCAGAAGGCAUCUUGUUUCAACCGCCAUGGCUUGUCGGACAUAGCAACAGUAACGAAGGUGGGCGGGUCUUUGCGACAUGUAAUUUCAGCUAUUUUGCGAUUUCUUUAAUUCUUGUAAAACCAUUUCUCAUAAUUACGACUUUGAAUCUCUUAAUUGCUACUUUAUUUCCACCAGAGUAAAAAAUAACGUAAUUAUGAGUAUUUCUUAUAACCGCAACCUUUAUAUCUUGCUAUUUUGACACUUUCUUUUUUUACUCAAAAUUAUGAUUUUAUUUCCACCUCAGAGCAAAGCAAAGCGUUGUAACUGUCUUAAUUAUGACUAUAUCUCACAGUUGAAACAUUCUAUUAAUUUAAAAAUUUAAAUGCGACUUCAUUUCUUAGAAUCUAAACUUCGCAUCUCACAACUGCAAUUCUCAUAAUUGCAAUUACUUCUCAAUCGCAAAUUCAUAUAUCAAAAUUGCAACAUUUAUGUAAUUGCAACCUUGUGUCUACCAAUUACGAUUAUUUCUCGCAACUGUGACUUCAUGUCUCACAUUUGUGACCGUUUUGUAUAAUUUAUUUAUUUCUCAUAACUGAGACUGAUACAAUACCUCAUAAUUGCAAAUAAAUUUUUCCAAUUUUUUUUUCCUUUAAAAUUUUUCUACUUUUUUUUUUUUUUUAACUUUGAGGCAAAAAUAGGCUUCCAGAUUUUCUAGAGAUCGACCAAAGCCUCCAGUGGAGAAUGCUUGUUUUUUUUGUGCUGUGACUACACUAAAAAACAGAGCCAGACACAAGACAGGACAUGGAUUUAAAUUCUUACAUUAACCAGUAUACUUAUUGACUCAUCUAAGUCGGUACUGCUUUUCAGAGGGUUAAGUCAAAGUUACGCAUUCACAAGAACUUAAAUGUUAACGUUUUCAAUAUUCUGAUACCACAAAACCCAUUAUCGGUUGACCUCUAGUCAUGGCCAAAGGCUCAUCUGUGACAAACUGACGUAGCUGUCUGUAGUACUGUAGUCUGGACUCCUUCUGUAGACCUUGGCUCUUUGAAGGAUUUGAAACUUGAGGCCUGAAACAUGCUGACAAAUCAGGACCAAAGUGCGAUAUGAAACCUGAUUCCAGAGCGAAUGAGAUUUAUGAGCAUGACAUGAUAUUGGAGAGAGACUCUGUUUCUUCUAGUCUUCCACAUGUAGAACUCAUUGUAGCCUUGGCGAUCUCUGUUGUACUUCUCCAUAGAGGCGUGAGGAUGAUUUCCUCCUGAGUCACUGUACAAAAUCCCAUGUAACGCCCCGUUCUCCCAGCUUGCCGAGAGGAGCGCCCUGACCUCUGCCCUACAUUAACGCACACCUGCCUGGAAAAAAAAGCGCUAGGAAUUCAGCCAAACAAAGAUGACGCUUGGAUAAACAGGAGCGAGAAUUAUAUGCACAAACUCUCGUGCACUGUGAGCUCAAAGUCAUUUGUUCCUACACAACCUCGUUGAACUGUCUUCUGACCUCCCUCACACACACACACACACGGCGUAGGAUGCUUGCUCAUCUGGUCUUCCUCUGUUGCUUUUCAGAAACUGAAUGGACUUUUUGUUUACACUCAACAUGCUGCACAUAUUUGAGAUGACAAAUGCAGAUUAUGAAGGAGAAAUGUGGCAUGCACACACUGCGUUUCUUUAUAAAGCGCAUCCGAUUAAAGCUGACCGACUGAAAACAAAACACGAGAAACCACAAGAGCGAAGACGCAGAGGUACUCUUGCAUUCUUGUAAAUGAUUAAAAAGUAUUUUAAUAUGUCAAGC